GAAAAAGAAUUUCAACGGACACCAAAUUAAUAUACCUUAAUUUUUGACUCCCAUCAUAUCACAUCACACAACCUAUCAUCUUGAAAAAAAUCCCAUUUGAGCCUUUGAAAAAAUUAAAACCAAUCGAAAUUUCAAAACCUAGUUCAAAAAUCCGGUGAUUACCUAUUCAUGCUUAAAAGUUAUUAAAACUCUUCAGGACUUUCCUCGAAAUAUUUUAGCCCAUACUUGUAAGCUCACAUUAUUCUACAGAUGAACUUCAAUAUCGACGCGAUCAAUUCCAUUCUGACCCGCAAACAUGGUGAUGUAUCUUCAAUUGAAAUACUCGAAUGGCACGUCAAUGAUAUCACAGAAAUAACGUGCAACAACUAUACAACUCAGGUAUCUCGAUUAAUCAUUCUUUAUCGAAUACUCGGAGAAACUGAUUCUGCUCCGAAACAAGAAAUUUGCUUCGUUAAAAUGCCCGCUGAAGGAUUUUUAUACAAAUCGGCACUAUCGAUGGAUCUAUACAAUAGAGAAAUUAUCAUGUACUCGAUGGUAUUGCUACAAAUGUACAGCAUCGAGAAGAAGUACUUGACACCAAGAUUAUGCUACUUUGACGAUAAAAUGACGCUGGCGCUCAAAGAUUUAUCACAUUCUGGGUAUAAAUGUGCCGAUCGUUUAGAAAAAUUAGACGUUGAUCAUUGUAUCUAUGCCCUCAAAUGCCUAGCGAAAUUUCACGCUCUAUCUGUAAAACUGGAAAAAACAACUGGUCUUCCUGAUUCGGUUAAAUCUAAUCCUUACUGUAAUACCGGCGCUGAUGAAAAUUUAAAUAGUUUAAUCGCCAAACAAAUACCUACGUUUAUUGAUUCACUACCUCAAAAUGUUAAGGAAAUGUAUCCAAAUUUCAUCACCUAUUUGAACACCUUAUCAGCGGAAAUGUUGAUAAAUGUCCUUAACGAUUCUUCGUCCUCCGAGUUCAAUGUUUUGAUUCAUGGUGAUUUUUCCAUCAAUAACAUUAUGUUCAAAUACGACAAAUAUGGAAUGGUCAGAAAAGCUAAACUGAUUGAUUUACAAUUCACUCGGUGGAGUAGUCCGGCUGCAGAUUUAUUGUAUUUCUUUAUCACGUGUACGAAGUUUGAAGUAUAUCGGAGAUAUUUCCCUUUACUGAUGAACAUUUACUUUAAUGCUUUGAAUAAAGUUCUCUGCCAAUUAGAUUGUCCGAAAUAUGAUAUGCGGAGUAUUCUUAAAGAAAUGGACACGUUGUAUCCUUAUGCCUUGUAUGUAUUGUGUUGUAUCCUACCUUACAUCAUGUGCGAUCCCAAUAUUCCGGCAGAUUCGAAAGAUUUGAUGGAAAAUGUGUACAAGCAAGAUCACUAUCGAGAAAUUUCUGUCAAGUGGUGUGAACAUUUUGCUAGAAAAGAAACUCUGCGCAUAGACGAGGAUUAGGUAUCCUUCACGAUGUAGAGAAAUUUCAAUAAACUCCAUAAAAAGAGGCUGGUAUAGUGUAUUUUAACAGAGCUUGAAAAUAUUUUUGUUUGUUUUAAUCAUUAUGCAAGAAAGGUAUCCCCGAUAGCAGAUCAGAAGAAAAACAAUAGCGUAGAUAAUUAUAUAUACAAAUCUGUUGGAUUGGCAGAACGGUUCGAAACUUAUAUUAAUUAAUUUUAUGUAAUCAAAAAUGGAAUGUAAACUAAAAUCCGAACAUUUUCAUAUUUCACUGAAAUUAGAUCGAUAAUCAAUUAAU